AAUUACUAUUAUAACAAUACUGAUAAAAACGCGUAAUAUUUCAAACUUAAUAUAUGUAUAUUAGAAUUAAGAUAAAUUAAAUAUUCUUUUUUUUAUUCUGAAUAGGUUAGAAAAGGUUUACAAAUUCAUUUAUCAAAUUUUGUAUAAUUUAAUAAAAUGUGUUUAUUACAGUAUUACUCAUCGUACAUUUUAAAUGAUAUGGUAUUCUCUUUUAAGAAAAAUUAGAACAGAAGAAGAUUAAUGAGGGAGAUUAGUGAAAAAAAGAAAAAUUAGAAUAAAUGCAAUUUUGAUGUUAAGUUGAAUACAAACAUACAGUUUUAGCUGUAUUUAAAAUUGUAUUUAAAACCAUUUUCGAAUUGUUGUGUAUGUUACUGUGACACUAAAAAAGUCGAUUUAUGUUCCUACUGGAAACAUUAUUUUUCAUAAUUGCAUUAUUUUUAUCAUGUCAGCUACAAAAUGUAUUAAUUUUGAUGCGAUUCUUUUAAUAUUUGUCUCUAAGAUUAAGAUUUUUUAUUAGAAGUUGAUAUAGAAUAUAGAAUAUAUAUGUACUCAAAUGUGCAAAAACAUUUAUUCCUUUAAGUAGGCCAUGGAAAAGUGGUUUUGUAUUUUGCAAUAUGAAGUUUAAAAUAUAUCGAAAUUAUUAAGUCUUAUAUAAUCUUUAUAUAUGAUUGUCAUACAAAAAAGUCUUUAAAUAAUAAAAUAAUCAUUAAUAAGUAAUAGUGUAGUCUGAUGCAUCACUAUUUACCCAUUUUUUAUUAUAUACUGCCAAAAGUAAAAAAAUUAAUGCCUAAUGUAUGCAAUUCGUUAUACAAGUAUAUUGUCUAACCUGAAAUAUAUAAAGAAGGAAAAUAGAUGUAUUAUUGUUUUGUCUUAAAUUUUAUAGUUUUAAAAUAUACAACUUAUGAUAUACUAUAAUUAUAUUUUUAUGAUGUAAAAUGCAUUUCAUAUGCUUCUUAAGGAAUACUAUGUUGUCAAACAUACGUAUUCUACAAAAACAAAGUUAUAAAUAUGUUACACAAAUGACUGUAAGAGAUGCAUUAAAUGCAGCUCUUGACGAAGAAUUAGCACGAGACGAAAAUGUAUUUAUUUUGGGAGAAGAAGUUGCACAAUAUGAUGGUGCUUAUAAAGUAACAAAAGGUCUGUGGAAAAAAUAUGGUGACAAAAGAUUAAUUGAUACACCUAUAACAGAAGCUGGAUUUUGUGGUUUAGCCAUCGGAGCAGCACUUGCUGGUCUAAGACCAAUAUGUGAACUUAUGACAUUUAAUUUUUCAAUGCAAGCUAUUGAUCGAAUAGUAAAUGCUGCUGCUAAAAAUCUUUACAUGUCUGCAGGAAGAUAUCCUGUACCUAUUGUAUUUCGUGGUCCAAAUGGUAAUGCUAAAGGUUUAGCAGCACAACAUUCUCAGUGUUUUGGAGGAUGGUACAUGAGCAUACCUGGUUUAAAAGUUAUGUCACCAACAACUUGUGAAGAUUAUAGGGGUAGUUUAAAAGCUGCUGUUCGAGAUCCUGAUCCUGUUGUAAUUUUAGAAAGUGAAGUUUUAUAUAAUGUUCAAUUUCCUGUAUCAGAUGAAGCUAUGGAUAAAGAUUUUGUUAUACCCAUUGGUAAAGCUAAAAUUGAAAAACCUGGUAAAGAUAUUACUUUAACUGCACAUGGUCAAGCUACCUUGUAUACAAUGCAAGCAGCAGAAAUUCUGGCAGGAGAAGGGAUAGAAGCAGAAGUGAUUAAUUUACGUUCUCUUAGACCAAUAGAUUGGGAUACAAUUUUUAAAUCUGUUACAAAAACCCACAGACUUAUGAGUGUAGAAUUAGGUUGGCCUAUAUGUGGAGUAGGCUCUGAGAUUGUGGCAACAAUAAUGGAAAACCCAAUAUUUUUCCAACUUGAUGCACCAGCAGUCCGUUGCACUGGUAUUGAUGUACCUAUGCCAUAUGCAGAAAAUAUCGAAUAUGAAUGUACACCAAAAGAUCAUCAUAUUGUAGAUUAUGCUAAAAAAGUUUGUGGUGUAAAAAUAUAACUCUGCUACAUGUCUGAAAAAGAUUGUAUAAUUUUUUUAUAUGAUAACAUUUUUUUGUAUAAUAAAAUAUAUUUAUAGUAAUAAGCCAAAGCUGAAAAAGUAUAUACAAAUGCAAUAGUAUUGCAUUUAUAUAAAAUUGAAUAUGCAGAAUAAAAUCAUGCUUUUGUAAUCUUAAAACUGAAUUUAAAAUAAACACAUGUAUAUUAUGUCUUUAAAAAUUAUAUUCUUAUUUAAUGACUCUUAGUUAUUAGGGUACUGAUAGCAGGUGAAUAAUUGCAUUACUAAAUUGAAUUUUAAAAAAUUCUUGUAUCGUGUAGCUUACUAAAAAAAAAAAAAGAUUCAUUUGAAAAUUGCAAUAUGUAUGUGUCUAAUGUUGAUUUCAGAAUAUUUAAAUUCAAUGCUGUACUGAUGGCCUUCAGGAUAUUGAAUGUUGAAAUAUAUUGGUGAUCAUACUGAUUGCUGUACAAAUGAAGUUCAUUUAUAACUUGGCUUCUUAGCCACACACUCUUAUAAUAUAACAAUUAUGAGUUUGAGAGAAAGGAAUACGUUACAUAAUACGUUUAAAAUCUUUCUGUCUACAUAUAGUAAGAGAAUGCCUAUCAGAGAAAUUAAUUUAUAUUGACAACUGGAAAAGAAUUUAAAUUGAAUUUUAAUAGAAGAAGUAUAAUUAAUGCAAUAUUAAAUCAAAAUAUUGUUAUGUGCUGUAAUAGAAUGUACGAAGCACGAAGGAAAGUUUUUUGGUUUGCAAUAAUUAGUAGGAUAAUAGUUUUAAGUUUACAAUUCUUUUUUAAUUUUAUAUGUCCUGAUCACAAUGCAGAUGCAUUUAAAGCUCCUACUGAUAAUUCUGAACAAAUUUC